AACAACACCUUUCCGCAUCAUAUUUACGUAGUCACAGAAGCUGGAGUCCUACUUGGGCUAAUCCGGUUCCAAGUGUCGGCGUUAGGAGUUUGACUCGUCAUGAUCGCGCGAGGAGUUGCGACGAAGAUUGGAACAUCGCGCCCACGCGAAGGGUCCAAGAGUGAGAGUCUGGCACCGAGGCUAGCUUCUCGUAGUGUAUCCCCGUCAAUACCCCAGGGAUCUAUCGGAACUACCCGCAUGAUUUCGUUCAUCGAUCGCAAUGGGAGACAUCUAUUCUGACUAGUAUAAUGCAGCGGGAAGUCCCGCUCUCGUUGCACGUCCGAAUCUAACCGUCCUUCUGAAGACUUAUACCUUGGGGCUCCUUUUUUCAUCUGCUGAUGCACAUGACGACCCUGACAUAUGGACUGAGGUUGCAUCACACGCAAAUGAGACUCAAAUUGUUUGUCAAGAGGGAAGUCAUUCUGUGCGCAGGGGCGAUCAACACGCUGCAGAUAUUGAUGGUGUCCAAGAUCGGAGAGCGAUGUGAGACCAAAACUCUGGCUAAUUGUAAAUAUUCUAUGGUGUUUUUUUACCACCCGUCAUCCAGCAUUCAUAUUUUCCGCUCUAAGGACUCAGUUGCUGCUGUGUCUUCUCCAACACGCCCUUUCAGCCUAGAUCCAUUUUGCACGAAUGUUUGUUCUCUGCCACUUGUAUCCUUCGAAGUUGUUAGCGUAUCGGCUCAGCGCGUGAAUUGUGUCACUUUUCUCCGCCUUGAUGCGACUGGGCUCGCCGAAUUUUAUUUUCUUAAGACCUCUCAAUUAACCUCAUCUAGUGAGCCGUGGGGGUCCAACCUAUCGAGUCUCUCUGAUGCCCCAGUACGAGAUAAAACGUCAGGGCCAGACGCGCCCGAUAUUGAACUUGUCAGCUUUCCUGCAACAUAUUUCCAUGCUGAUUCUAUCCUCGUUAAGCCAGUUGCGGACAGGCAAAGUCUGAAAGAAAUUUUAAUCUCCAUGAAAAAGCCUGGAAACAUGAUGAAACGACGUAUUUUGGCUACUUAUUCAUCUCAGGCCUGAGAGUCAAGGUCCAAUCCGGGAAUGUAUUCGAUAAGG